UUAAAAAAGCUACGUCAUUCGUCGUUUAAGCUGUGGUAAAAUCGUAUAAAGUAACGAGAUUCUACUUCGUUCUAUAGGGAAAGUUAGUUAAAAAAGAUCUAAUUCGCCCCCAGAGUAUCAUAAAGUUAUUAUUAGAUAAUUGCGAAGUUCGUAAAUUGAGGUACAAAUGGCUGAUCAGCAAAAUGAAGAUCUGGCAACUGCCAUCCUCCGCAAAAAAGAUAGGCCCAAUAGGCUCAUUGUCGAAGAAGCUGUCAAUGAUGACAACUCUGUUGUUGCUCUAUCACAGGCUAAAAUGGAUGAGCUUCAGCUCUUCAGAGGAGAUACUGUACUACUUAAAGGUAAACGACGCAAAGAGACUGUAUGUAUAGUUUUAUCAGAUGACACAUGCAGCGAUGAAAAGAUUAGGAUGAAUAGGAUUGUAAGAAACAACCUACGGGUCCGGCUGUCUGACGUUAUAUCGAUCCAACCCUGUCCAGAUGUGAAGUAUGGAAAAAGAAUACAUGUGUUACCAAUUGACGAUUCUGUUGAGGGCCUUACGGGUAACCUCUUUGAAGUUUACCUCAAACCCUAUUUUCUGGAAGCGUAUCGUCCAAUCCACAAAGACGAUGUAUUCAUCGUGAGAGGAGGAAUGCGAGCUGUGGAGUUUAAGGUUGUAGAGACUGAUCCUUCGCCGUUCUGCAUAGUAGCCCCAGAUACGGUUAUCCACUGUGAAGGGGAUCCUAUUAAAAGAGAGGAGGAAGAGGAAGCUCUUAACGCAGUCGGCUACGACGAUAUCGGAGGGUGCAGAAAGCAAUUGGCCCAGAUUAAAGAGAUGGUCGAGCUGCCUUUGAGGCAUCCUUCAUUGUUUAAGGCCAUUGGAGUUAAACCUCCCAGAGGAAUACUGUUGUAUGGGCCACCAGGAACUGGAAAGACUUUGAUUGCUAGAGCUGUCGCUAAUGAAACUGGGGCCUUCUUCUUUUUAAUUAACGGACCAGAAAUUAUGAGCAAGUUAGCUGGAGAAUCGGAAAGUAAUUUGCGUAAGGCGUUUGAAGAAGCAGACAAAAAUUCCCCCGCUAUAAUUUUCAUCGAUGAAUUGGACGCAAUCGCGCCAAAAAGAGAAAAAACCCACGGCGAAGUAGAAAGACGCAUAGUAUCUCAAUUGCUUACUCUGAUGGACGGCAUGAAAAAAUCCUCACACGUGAUCGUAAUGGCCGCUACAAACAGGCCCAACUCUAUCGAUCCCGCUUUACGUAGAUUCGGUCGAUUUGAUAGAGAAAUCGAUAUCGGAAUACCUGACGCCACCGGCAGAUUGGAAAUAUUGAGAAUUCACACUAAAAAUAUGAAACUGGCUGAUGAUGUGGAUUUGGAACAAAUAGCUGCAGAGACUCACGGCCAUGUAGGAGCCGAUUUGGCUUCGCUAUGUUCCGAAGCAGCUUUGCAGCAAAUUAGAGAAAAAAUGGAUUUGAUUGAUCUGGAGGAUGAUCAAAUCGAUGCAGAGGUGCUGAAUAGUUUAGCGGUCACCAUGGAGAACUUCCGUUAUGCCAUGACAAAGAGCAGCCCCAGUGCUCUUAGGGAAACUGUUGUUGAAGUGCCAAAUGUCACCUGGCAAGAUAUUGGUGGUCUUGCUAACGUCAAGAAUGAACUACAAGAAUUGGUGCAAUACCCCGUCGAACAUCCUGAUAAAUUUCUUAAGUUUGGCAUGCAGCCAUCGAGAGGCGUCCUCUUUUAUGGCCCACCCGGUUGCGGUAAAACAUUAUUGGCCAAAGCCAUUGCUAAUGAAUGUCAAGCUAAUUUCAUUUCUGUCAAGGGACCUGAAUUGUUAACUAUGUGGUUUGGUGAAUCUGAAGCUAAUGUCAGAGAUAUAUUUGAUAAGGCAAGGUCUGCUGCACCGUGUGUGCUUUUCUUCGACGAAUUGGAUUCUAUUGCAAAAUCGAGAGGUGGGAACGUUGGCGAUGCUGGAGGCGCCGCAGAUCGGGUUAUUAAUCAAAUUUUGACUGAAAUGGAUGGCAUGGGUGCCAAGAAGAAUGUUUUUAUUAUCGGGGCUACUAACAGACCAGACAUCAUCGAUCCUGCCAUUUUACGUCCGGGCCGUCUCGACCAGCUCAUUUAUAUCCCGUUGCCCGAUGAAAAAUCAAGGGAACAAAUAUUCAAAGCAAACCUGCGGAAAUCGCCGGUCGCCCAAGACGUUGAUCUCACUUAUAUCGCCAAGGUUACUCAUGGGUUUUCUGGCGCUGAUUUAACUGAAAUUUGUCAGCGAGCUUGCAAAUUGGCGAUCAGACAAUCGAUCGAAGCCGAAAUUAGGAGGGAAAGAGAACGUGCUUCAAAUCCGAAUGCUGCUAUGGAUCUGGAUGAAGAUGAUCCAGUUCCUGAAAUCACUAGAGCACACUUUGAGGAAGCAAUGCGUUUCGCCCGUCGUUCAGUCUCCGACAAUGAUAUUCGAAAAUACGAAAUGUUUGCACAAACUUUGCAGCAAUCUAGAGGAUUUGGAACUAACUUCAGAUUCCCUUCAAGUCAAGGUCAGCCAGCCCAAGGAGGUCAAGCCCCACCUCCAGUAGCUCCCGGCGAUCAGGCUAACUUUGACGAUCCGGAGGAUGACCUAUACAGUUAGAAACAUUAUCGGGGGAUUUUUUUUAAAUGCCUGUAUUUAUUUCAAUCGAUGAUUGAACUAUUUAGAUUUAAUUGGUUAAUUCAUUUUUUUCAAUUUAAUUUUCAAUUAAAAAAAAUAAAUUAAUAUUAAUAAUGUAAAA